GUUCAGGUGGCUCCUUGUGUGGCCCACAUCCUGCAUCAGAGUGCUGGUUUAGACCCAGACUACUGUGCUUCUGAUCCACCUUUCUGCUAAGACAUCUUGGGAGGCAGUAAGUGCUUGGGCCCCUGUCACCCAUGUGGGAGAACUGGAUGGAGUUCCGGGUUCCUAACUUCAGGCUGGCCCGGCCCUUGCUGUUGUGGGCAUUUGACGAGUGAGCAAGUAGAUAAGACUCACUAUCUGUGUGUCUCUCUCUCACUCUCACUCUGCCUUUCAGUAGAUGAAAAUAAACAUUUUUAAAGAUCUGCCCUUAAGAAAAUUGCUUUGCACCUAUAUGUUUAAUGUUGAGGAAAACUAUCCCUACAUGUAGGCCCAUAAUAAGUUGGUUGUAGAAUAUUAUUUCCAAACAAUAAUAGCAUCAAUCUGUUGAAUAUAAUGGUUUUGUCUCAUCCUUUGGAUGCCAACAUGUUGAGUCAGUUAGAAUUGAGUAGAUUUAGCUUUUUUUUGCAGCUGUUUCCAGAAAGUAAUAGUUAACUAAUGAUACCUACUUUAUAGUAUUUUCUUUGAAGUGGACAUUCACUCCAAAAGUUGUAUCAUUCUUAUGUUGGACGAGUCCCACCCUAUUCUAAUUCUCGUUAGUGGUUUUGAAGUAAAGUUUGUGAAAGAACACUAAAAAUUCGAUAUUGGUUAAAAAUGAGCAUUUAUGUUCCGAUUUCACAGUUUGACCUAUCCAUAACUUCUGUCAAAAAUAUCAAAAGGUGUGAUUAGACCAUGCUGCCAAAAGUCUUAAAUUGUUCCUAAUUUCUUUCAGCCUUUCAUAUAAAGUAAGGGAAUUAAUAUGAAUUGAGAAGCACCGUGUGCUAGUGAGCAUAAAAGGGAUAUUCCAUUCACUCUAUUCUUUAAUUCUCUUGUCUCAGAGCGUAGGUGUCUCUACAGAGCUGGAAGUUGAGAUUCUACGUGAUUCAGUCCUUUGGUUAGGUCAUAUAAUUGUUGAGUGACUAUUGGAAUGUGACCUAGAUGUUUCCAUACGUCUGUUAAACGUUUAGUGACCAGUGAGAAUCAGUGGAACAGUAAUUGUUUGGUCCAUAAUAGGGUGGUAGGUUAUUAAAGUGGUUGACAUUUUUGAAAGUCAAUUAGCUGGACUUUAGGUCCAUCCUUUAGAAAUUAAAGCUCUAGGAUUUUAUCAAGUUAAAACAUUCUGCAACAAUUAAGGUCCAAUGCUUGGCAGAAUUUUCAACUAUUCAGUAAUAAGAGGUCUUAGAGAUUGUGUUUCAUACUGAUAGCUGAUUUUGGAAUUUGGAAGUCUGCAGUGUCUCUGGAAUAUCAAGUUACUAUUUCUGGAAAUGAAGAAAAUGGAAAGACCGUUGUUUACCUUGUGGCUUUCCAUCUGUUCUUUGUUAUGUUUGUAUGGUCCUAUUGGAUGACAAUUUUCACGUCUCCCGCUACCCCCUCCAAAGAGUUCUACUUGUCAAAUUCUGAAAAGGAACGUUAUGAAAAGGAAUUCAGCCAAGAAAGACAACAAGAAAUUUUGAGACGGGUAGCAAGAGAUUUACCUAUCUAUACAACAUCAGCUUCAAGAACUAUCAGAUACUGUGAAAAGUGUCAGCUGAUUAAACCUGACCGGGCACAUCACUGCUCAGCCUGUGACACAUGUAUUCUUAAGAUGGAUCAUCACUGUCCUUGGGUGAAUAACUGUGUGGGAUUUUCUAAUUACAAAUUCUUCAUGCUGUUUUUAUUGUAUUCCUUAUUAUAUUGCCUUUUUGUGGCUACAACGGUUUUAGAGUACUUUAUUAAAUUUUGGACGCUUUGCCGCAGGAAAUCUACAGAGAAUUGUCCAAAGAAUGAACUAACAGAUACACGUGCAAAAUUCCACGUACUUUUUCUUUUCUUUGUGUCUGCAAUGUUCUUCAUCAGCGUCCUCUCACUUUUCAGCUACCAUUGCUGGCUAGUUGGAAAAAACAGAACAACAAUAGGCAGAGUGGACAGUGAGAGAGAGAGACAGAGAGAAAGGUCUUCCUUUGCCGUUGGUUCACCCUCCAAUGGCCGCCGCAGCCAGCGCACCACGCUGAUCCGAUGGCAGGAGCCAGAAUCAUUCCGUGCACCCACAUUUUCAUAUGGACCAGAUGGAAAUGGUUUCUCUCUUGGAUACAGUAAAAAUUGGAGACAAGUAUUUGGUGAUGAAAAGAAAUAUUGGCUGCUUCCGGUAUUUUCAAGCUUGGGUGAUGGUUGCAGUUUUCCAACUCGCCUUGUGGGGAUGGAUCCAGAACAAGCUUCUGUUGCAAACCAAGAUGAAUUUCCCAGAAGUAGUGGCUCAAAUCAACCUUUUCCUAUCAAACCACUUAGUGAAUCAAAAAACCGUUUGUUGGACAAUGAAUCUCAGUGGCUGGAGAAUGGAGCUGAAGAAGGCGUCAGAUCAGGGACAAAUAACCAUGUUACAGUGGCAAUAGAAAAUUGAGUACCUCUUGUUCAUAACUAACCAUUUGAAUAGCAGCAAGGUAUUUAAACACAUUGUGGACUAUUUUCAAUUUUAUUUGCAAGAAAAUGAUCAAUGGGAUGAGAUAAUUGAAGUAUAACAGAAGAUAUAUUUUUAAAAAAGGAAGCCUUUGUACAGUUCGCUGGAUCUACAGAAGCCCUUCUCCAGAGCAGAACGAUGCCUUAAUCCUAAGUGUCCAUUUGUGCAGCACACUCACAGCGACAGAAGUGACUUAAUUUUUACUUUGGAAAUAACGCUUACCUGUAUGAGAUGCUAUAAUAUGAGCUAUCACCACGUGUUAACAUGGCAUACUUACUUUCCUGAUACCUGAGUUACAUUAUUAGAGUUGUUUCCUAGUAUCCAUAUACAUUUUCACUCCUAAAACACAAGGUAAAAACUUAAGUACUUCUAGGGCAGAUGGUGGCGGAGAGUGAAUAAUAUCAAAAUUACUGUUGCUUGUACUGUAUAAGGAAAAAACUUUUUUUUAAUUGGGUAUUUGCUAAUUUAUAAUUACUGUUUUAUACUUUUCAACAUUUUUAAUAAAGUUUUUUUAUUUUUGGCUAUAAAAUAACAGAAGGAUUCAUAUACCUAAAUGUAAUAAUUUAGAACAUAGAACAUAUUGGUAUAAUUGACUUAGUUAAGAGCAUUCAUGUAACCAUGCAAUGUUUUAGUGUGUGCCUAAGACUUAAAGAAAACUUGAAAGUGUAAGAAAUAUUUUGGAACCCCUCUGCUUUUUAAUUAUUUUUGGUUGAACUUUCAGGAGUAUUUGUAUGGGCAGGGAACAACAAAGGCACAUGUGCUAUAGGGAUAUUGGACACAAUGUGAACAGGUGGAAAUGGCUAGAAGAGAAGCCAAGGGAAAGAUAGGAGGUAUAUUGUAAGCUGUUAAGAAAUAUUUUCAAUCCUAAAGUUAUUUAGAAUAAAGCACGCUAUGGAGAUGACUUUCAAAUUUCAAUUUAAGUAAUAACAAAAAAUUAUUUUGAAAAUUUUUACAGUAAUCUUUUAACAGCUUAACAGUGACUUGGGAUGCAACUUGAGCUAGGGAAAAAACUAUUUAGAAUAAUAUGAUCAGGAAUGUUACUUGUCCUUUAUACUGUUUCUCUUUCUCUCUCUCUGUCUCACUCACACACACACAUACAUACACAUAACAAUUCACUGCUUCCAGUGGGUGGGUAAGGAGAAAUCUUACCAGCAUCUCUAACUAUUAAGGGUUAGUUUCCUUCUUGUAAAAUCAGAUUACAGGGGCCAAGGGGCUCUGGAAUGAGUUGGACUGGAUGACUCCUAACAUGCUGUGAUACCUAAUUUUGCAAAAUAACCUCACUUUUCAUUCACCUAACAAACAUCCUUGAAGUACUAUCCAUAUGUUAAACAACAUACUAGGGGACAGCUCUGUAAUUUCCUUAUGUAGCUUAAACUUUAUAAUUGAUACUCUGGGUAUAAAAUUUGUAGAAUUUAUUUUAUUUCCAUUGGCUAAUCUAUUAUUAGGUUUUCUAAAAGUUAUUUUUCCCCCUUUGAACUGAAGGUAUGUGUUAGCCUUGAAAACCUAGUUUAGGGUCUGAUACUAUGGAUUCUCUCACCUUCGUUUCUUUAGUGUGAAUCUUGAUUCUAGAAGAAACUCAGAAUGAGUGAAGAGAUAGCAAUUUCCAACCAAAAUGUAAAUUCAGUUUGGCAGUCUGUAAGUUACAAGGACACAGUAAAUGUCUAUAAACAGAUUUGACUACGUACAGAAACACCUGGUACUUUUUGUGAGUAUUGUUACAUUUAGAUCAAAGAGUUUGCAUGUACAGCUAACAACUGAGGAAACUUAACUUUCUCCUUUAACCUAUUCAGGCACCUUUAUGGUAUUAGAAUCUUUCAUGAUUCUUUUCAUUUGUUAUUUAACAUCAUUUUUAAUAGUACAGUUAAAACCUUUUCAGAAAUGUUCAAUGAAGCACUCUUAUUUUAGUUACCUUUGAUUUAAUCUACAGCCAAUAUUUUGCUGCAUUCUUAAUAAUAUUUAGCUAAAUUUAUUCAUAAUGACCGUUUAUCAAGGGCCUACAAAUGGUAUGGGGAUCAGGGAAAGGCUGCCUCUUUGGUAUUUCAACUGGUAUUGAUUAUUGCUCUCAACUAUUUGGUGGGAAAAGGUCCAAAUGAAACCCUGCCAAAAUUUAUAAUUGCUAUCUUUGGUCUUCAAAAACUUGAACAUUGGUGACAAUACUCAAGGAAAAUGAAGUUGAAUUUCAGGUCUAGCCAUUGCCAUUAAAAAAAAAAUUACACAAGAGACUUAGUAUACCUGGGUACAGACUUACUUGAAUACUCAGUACCUGAGGCAUCAGACCAAUAUCACUAUGCCAAACCAAAGAGCAGCUGUAGUGUAUUAGGUAUUAAAAAUGAACAUGUUUACAAAGUUAGGUUUCAUCUUUACAUAAGGGUGAUUUUUUUAAAACUUUUUACAUAUGUAGCUAUAAAUGAGUUUGACUCUAAGGUUAGUUUAAAUCAAAUAUUCAAUGUUUACUUGAACUUCUGUUAGAAAGCAAAUUUUGACAAUGUUUACAGGAUUGUUUAAAGAUUAUCUGACAUGUGAGAUUGCCAUUCAGUUAUCUUUAAAGCAAAUGUAUUUAAGGGCUUAGUGUUAGGACCUGCCUGUUUGGGGCACUGAAUAGACAGUAACUUAAAAAUGUAUUUCGCUUAUGUUGUUCUCAGACUGGCACUGCUAUCAAUGGGAAGUAUUUUUAACUAAACUGUUAUUAAGAAAUUAAUCAUAUUUUUGCAUUUCAGCCAAAAUAAAGACCAUAUCUAAUAAUCAGUUAGAUACAAGUAAUAUGUAAAUCUGAAAUCCAUAUAUUUCAUAUUAUCUGCACUGUAUUUUCCAGUUUAAAUUUAAAAUACAAUAUAGAAACAGAAAGAUUCAUAUUUUUCUAAUCACUUCACUCUGUUAUUUUGUUGGAUUACAUAAUGAAGCAAGGAAUUGUAUUUGUAUUAAAAGAUUAAGAAAGCUAUUAGUUGUUUAUUAUAUACGUGCAUGGUUUCAGAGGAGUCCAUGCCCAUUUAAAAGAAAGAUGGACAAUAUUUUAAAGGGAACUUUAAUAUGCUUUUAUAUAAACAAAUUUGAAAUACGGUUUACUUUGGUUGUCUUUACUUACCAAGUACCACCAGCUUGUUUUUCUCAUUUGUGUAAUCGUCAACCAUGACUUGAUGUUAACUCUGCUUUGUCUUUUGGAUGACCUAACCUAUAUUAACAUGUAUGCAAAACAUUUUCAACCUUACUUCAAAAAUCAUAAUUGAUCACUUUAUUAAUAAAUAAAGGUAAAGCCUUGUAUUUGAA